AUGCCAGACCUCGACAGCCUUAGCGUCGGGUCGCCUCCUGCCGUUGCCGUCGUCGUUGGCAGAUGGUAUGUCCCGUUCCUGUUUGUGAAGGCCGACGGGCGGCGCCGCAUCAACGACCAGGUCCGGAAGUGCAUGUUCUACAAGAUGACGAUGGAGCAGAGCUUGGAGAAGAUAUACAGCCGCGAGAACACCCACCUUGAUGGGACUGGGAGCAGCAGUACCAAGGCUGCGGAGAUAGAUGUGACUGCGACUGUGCGCCGGUUCACAGCCCUUCUGGGUGGCACGACCGUGGUACAACCAGGCUGUCCCCAGACGGACAGCGUUGCGAUGUGGUUCCGACCAGCGGCAGCGGUGGCGGGGACCACCGUGGGAGGUGUGGGGCUGGACACAGUGCUGUGGGAGAGGAUGAAGUGGGAGAUGGAGAGGGGAGGCCGGUGGGUUGCAGCCGACGGUAAUGGCGAUGAGGAGAGGAUCGAGCGCACAGAGAGGCGCAACGACAGCCUGGGUCACUGGACCAAAUUUGGAUCCUAUUUGCUGGUGGAGAGGUUUGUGCUCUGGAGGAUGGAUGGCACCGUGGCACUCACCUGUGAAUUCAGGCAUACUGACAAGAUUAGAGCCAAGUGGGAGUGA